AUGGGCACUAGCAAUUGCGACUAUAGGGGGUAUAUGCCGGGGCGGCGUGAAGGGGCUCAGGUCUAUUCUACCCAGGUGCUAGCAAGCCCUGGCAGGGUGAUAUCAGCCAGCAACAGCCAUCGCCGCAAAUCCUUCGUGCCGCCUAAUGAGGCUGUCGUGGGCAAGACGUUCAUUGGCCGGCGUUACAACGCCAACCCCCAAGGCUUCUUCACUGACAUACGGGCAUUUUGCCUCAAUGACGAACCUCGAGCCCCGUCUGGUGCUGCUGCCGUGAUUCUGCGCUGCGCUGCUGCUGCUGUCUGUUCGUCAGAUGCCCCCUCCUAA